CAUGGGAACGUUGACUGGCGGAGCGGCGCCUGCGCCUCGGACGCGGUGACGUUCCCGGCGGGGGAGGAAGAUGGCGCAUUACCGGGCUGGGGAUUCCCGAAGAGAACAAUUUCGAAGAUAUUUAGAAAAAGGUGGAGUGUUGGAUGCCCUUACAAAAGUCUUGGUUGCUCUCUAUGAGGAGCCGGAGAAGCCCAACAAUGCAAUGGAUUUCUUGAAACAGCAUUUAGGAACAGCAGGCCCUGAGACUGCAGAUGUGGAAACACUACGACUUGAGGUGACAGAACUGAGGCAGAAAUACGAGGCCCUACUGGAGGAAAAUAAGGAAUUAAAAGCUAAGCUGGCACAGUUCGAGCCCCCCAAAGAGGAAGGGCAACCUGAAUAAAUCAAGUCAAUCUGCAUCGUUAGGAGAAUGGAUGAGAGGAAUCUGAGAGAGCACCUGACAAAUUGUAUUGAGUUUGGAGAAUUGAUGUAUACUGUGGAAGAAAAAGUAUUUGGCAGCCAGUCUUUCAGGUUGCACACUGCAAAUGUAUCACCACUUUCACCUGACUAUAUUCGGUGAUGCUGUUGGCUUCUCUGAGCAGAAUUUUGGUCUAUACUCAAUAGUGGGACAAAUAAAUUAUGUUUAACUUAAAUUAAUGCACCAUUAAAACCUGUAGAAGUGGCCAUUAAAAUGCAAGAUGAAUUUCAAACGCUUUCAUGACUAUUGAUGGAACUAUUUUAAACUUUAUGAUUGGCAGUUUGUCACCAGAAAGGCAUUUGACACAGUUUUCUCUUUGAGCAAGCAAGUUUGUUGACAACUAUUUUUGCAGUCUGGGGGAAAGCUGUAAUUAGCAGGUUAAGAUGGUUUAUUUAUGUUAUGUUCCCUGUUGGAUUGAGAGCAAGGGACCAAAGCAAGUUGCGAAUUAUUUUAAAUAGUGUUUGGCCAAUAAAUUCUGUUCAGAAGCCAAAAUGAACAAGCAUCACCAUUGUCCGGGGCUUGAUGGCAGUCAAAUCUGAAUACAGGCGUCUAUGUUAGAAGAUUUCUUGUUAUCCAGUGGUCUGGGUUAGGGUUAGCAGUCAGUGAAUAGAUGCCUUGAAGCAAUGAGUCAAAAGUAGCCUAUCAAGAACCAUACAUUUGUCUGAAUAAAAACAACUUACUGGCUGAUUUUACACUUCUACUACUACUAGCUGUACAGGAGUCCAAUUUUCCCUUUUGAUAUUUACUCAAUAAACUUUGUUUGCACAUCA